AUGAGUCCACCUCCACCACAACAACAAACGGAGCAACAACUGCAUGAUACGAUCGCAGUUCCCAUCCCACCAGCCUUCGAAUACCCCUCGGACGAGAAGAAGCACUCCGAAAACGGCCCCUUGCCAACGACAUUCACCCGCCGAUCCUCCGCUUCCACCUUCGUCACAGUUGCCGGCCUCCCCGCUUGCCUUGACGACGACGAUGAUUCCUCCUCCCUCCCCAACAACAACACAACCCCCUCGUCAUUCACCCCACCCAACGGCGGCCUCCCCGCAUGGGGCGUCGUUCUCGGCGCCUUCCUCUUCAACUUUAUCAAUUUCGGGAUGGCGUCCAUGUGGGGCGUCUACCAGGCGCACUACAGCAAGCAACAGACGUUCGGACCAACCACCACGCAGCUGCAAUUGAGUUUUGUGGGAGGGCUGGGGGGAGGGGUUACCUUUGUCUUUGGGCCGAUUGUGGGAUGGGUGCAGAGACGGUGGGGGUUCAAGGCUCCGCUUUGGAUUGGGACGGUGGUCUUUGCGGGGAGUUUGGAGCUUGCCAGUUUGAGUACGAAGUUAUGGCACCUCUACCUAACCCAAUCCUUCCUCUUCGGUCUCGGCGCCUCCCUCAUCUUCCUCGGCUCCGUCGGCGCCCCCCCGCAAUGGUUCCACUCCCGCCGCGCACUCGCCACCGGCCUCGCCGCCUCCGGGUCGGGAAUCGGCACCCUCGUCCUCGCCCCGCUAGCGCAACAUCUCAUAGACACGCUGGAAGUGUUCUGGUGUUUGAGGAUUAUGGGAUUGAUUGCGCUCGUUGGGGGUGUGGUGGGGAGUUUAUUGUGCAGGUUGCCCGACGGAAUGGUUGUGGAGGAGAAGAGUGUGGAUUGGAGCCACGUGAAGAAGAAUACGGGGUUCAGGUGGAUGUUGGCAUUUGCGGUUACGAAUCUGUUGGGGUAUAUUAUCCCCUUCUACUUCAUUCCAAGCUACGCACUCUCCCUCGGCCUCUCACCCUCAACCGGCGCCUUCCUUGUCGCCCUCCUCUCCGGCACCAACGCCUUCGGCCGCAUCCUCGCCGGCCAACUCGCCGACAAAAUCGGCCGCAUAAACGCCCAAUCCCUCGUCAUCUUCGUCUCGGGCCUCUCCUGCCUCACCCUCUGGUCCACCGCCCACACCCAAACCACCCUCACCAUCUUCGUCGUCGUUUACGGUAUCACGGGUGGCGGGUAUUGGGCCCUCACACCCGCGGUUGUCGCCGAGAUUGUGGGGAUAACGGCACUUGGGGGAGCGUUACCGAUCGUGUUCAUGACGAACAGUCUGCCGAUGAUUUUUUCCGGCCCGAUUGCGAGCGCGAUUUUGGGGGCGCAGGGGGGCAGUUAUACGGGGUUGAUUGCGUUUGCGGGAAGUGCGCUGUGUGUGGGCGCGUUAUGUCUUGUGCCGGUUAAGAUGGCGCGGGGGAGGGUUUGGGCGAAGGUGUAG